CCCAUCACACAACGCAAGUCAAGUUCACUGCGUCCGAUCACUCAACGACAGCAAAAUCCAUAUAACAUAACAAGAAUCCCAUAAUCAGUUCCAUCCGCACCCCAACCCCACCAUGACCUCGACAACAAAACCCUCCUCCAACCCCUCCAAAGUCCUCAAAACAGAACCCCUCGACCACAAAGACGCCAAAUGGGCAACCCUAACCUCCAUCACCUUCCUCGACCCCUCCGGCAACCAGCGCCGCUGGGAAUCCGCGUCGCGCCUGACGCGCCCGGCAGGUAGCUCUAUCGACGCUGUGGGCGUGGCAGCGAUCCUGCACGACCCCGCAGCCGGGUCGCCGCGCAUCGUGCUGCAGAAGCAGUGGCGCGCGCCGGCGGAGGCCGUGGUGAUUGAGAUUCCAGCGGGACUGAUGGACGAGGGCGAGACGGCGGGGGAGUGCGCGGUGCGUGAGUUGCGCGAGGAGACGGGGUAUGUGGGGCGGGUGAUGGAGGGGGAGUUUGGGGUUAGUCCGGUGAUGUUUAAUGAUCCCGGGUUCUGCAAUACGAAUCUCAAGAUGGUGCAGGUCGAGGUCGAUAUGGCGCUCCCGGAGAACCAGGACCCGAAGCCGCAGCUCGAGCCCGGCGAGUUCAUCGAGACGUUUACGGUGCCGCUGACGGAUUUGUAUGCGGAGUGUGUGCGGUUCGAGAAAGAGGGGUAUGUGCUGGAUGCGCGUGUGGGAACGCUGGCGCAGGGCGUCGAGUUUGCGAAGCGGUGGAAGUUGGCUUGAGCAAGGAGACAGAGCAAGAGGGUACCAACGAGUCUAUUCCCCACGCAAAUCAGACUCGCGGACAGCUCUGGUGCUGCGUCCGCAUCGUUGUCCGAUCUGCCUCGCACCGCAAUAUCUACAUACCCAGGAGCCUGCUAACCGACUGCACCUUCCGUGGUAACAGGCACAAGCAACAGCGAAAGUUCAUCUUGCUACCCCUCUCAUCCUCCCUCUCCUCCACCACCCCCCGUCGCAGUAACAACAGGCACAACAAAAACCCUCCUCCACUCCUCUCCAUCCCUCCCCCUACCUCCCCUCCAAACCGCCCUCCCCC